AUGCCUCGUCCGCUACUCACCCACAUCUUCCACAGAGCGAAGACAAACGCGAGCGAAAUUUCGGUGGUGAGCCCCAAAUCUCGUGAGAAGUCGCAGGAGCCAGGGUCGCAGUAUGUUGAGCUCCGUGAGGGUUGUCUGCCAGGUGUCACGUGUCACUUACCUACACUUGUGCCCUCAACAGUUACCUACACUUGUGCCCUCAACAGUUACCUACACUUGUGCCCUCAACAGUUACCUACACUUGUGCCCUCAACAGUUACUCACACUUGUGCCCCCAACAGUUACCUACACUCUGUGCCCUCAACAGUUACCUACACUUGUGCCCUCAACAGUUACCUACACUUGUGCCCUCAACAGUUACCUACACUUGUGCCCUCAACAGUUACCUCUACACUCUUGUGCCCCUCAACAGUUACCUACACUUGUGCCCCCUCAACAGUUACCUACACUUGUGCCCCUCAACAGCUACCUACACUUGUGCCCUCAACAGUUACCCCACUUGUGCCCUCAACAGUUACCUACACUUGUGCCCUCAACAGUUACCUACACUUGUGCCAUUGUGCCCCAACAGUUACCUACACUUGUGCCCUCAACAGUUACCUACACUUGUGCCUCAACAGUUACCCACACUUGUGCCCCCCCGCCACCUACACUUGUGCCCUCAACAGUUACCUACACUUGUGCCCCUCAACAGCUACCUACACUUGUGCCCCCAACAGACCACACUUGUGCCCCUCAACAGCUACCUACACUUGUGCCCCCUCAACAGUUACCUACACUUCUGUGCCCUCAACAGCUACCUACACUUGUGCCUCAACAGUUACUUACACUUGUGCCCCUCAACAGUUACCUACACUUGUGCCCUCAACAGUUACCUACACUUGUGCCCUCACAGUUACCUACACUUGUGCCCCCAACAGUUACCUACACUUGUGCCCUCAACAGCUACCUACACUUGUGCCUCAACAGUUACCUACACUUGUGCCCUCAACAGCUACCUACACUUGUGCCCCCCAACAGUUACACUUGUGCCCUCACUGUUCCACACUUGUGCCCCAACAGUUACUCACACUUGUGCCCCUCAACAGCUCACCUACACUUGUGCCCUCAACAGUUACCUACACUUGUGCCCUCAACAGUUACCUACACUUGUGCCCCUCAACAGCUACCUACACUCUGUGCCCCCUCAACAGUUACCACACUUGUGCCUCAACAGUUACCUACACUUGUGCCCCUCAACAGCUACCUACACUUGUGCCCCUCAACAGUUACCACACUUGUGCCCUCAACAGCUACCCUACACUUGUGCCCUCAACAGCUACCUACACUUGUGCCCUCAACAGUUACCUACACUUGUGCCCCUCAACAGUUACCUACACUUGUGCCCUCAACAGUUACCUACACUUGUGCCUCAACAGUUACCUACACUUGUGCCUCAACAGUUACUCACACUUGUGCCCCCUACAGUUACCUACACUUGUGCCCUCAACAGUUACCUACACUUGUGCCCCUCAACAGCCACCUACACUUGUGCCUCAACAGCACUUGUGCCCCCUCAACAGUUACCUACACUUGUGCUCAACAGUUACCUACACUUGUGCCCCUCAACAGUUACCACACUUGUGCCUCACACAGUUACCUACACUUGUGCCCUCAACAGUUACCUACACCUUGUGCCUCAACAGCUACUCACACUUGUGCCCCCAACAGUUACUACAUUUGUGCCCUCAACAGCUACCUACACUUGUGCCUCAACAGCUACCUACACUUGUGCCCUCAACAGUUACCUACACUUGUGCCCCUCAACAGUACCUACACUUGUGCCCUCAACAGUUACCUACACUUGUGCCCUCAACAGUUACCCACUGUGCCUCAACAGACCUACACUUGUGCCUCACAGUUACCUACAUGUGCCUCAACAGUUACCUACACUUGUGCCUCAACAGUUACCUACACUUGUGCCUCAACAGUUACCUACACUUGUGCCCUCAACAGUUACCUACACUUGUGCCUCAACAGUUACCUACACUUGUGCCCUCAACAGUUACCUACACUUGUGCCCUCAACACUGCCCUCAACACUUGUGCCUCAACAGCUACCUACCUUGUGCCCCUCCCCACACUUGCCCUCAACAGUUACCUACACUUGUGCCUCAACAGUUACCUACACUUGUGCCUCAACAGCUACCUACACUUGUGCCCCUCAACAGUUACCUACACUUGUGCCCCUCAACAGUUACCUACACUUGUGCCCUCAACAAUUACCUACACUUGUGCCUCAACAGUUACCUACACUUGUGCCCUCAACAGUUACCUACACUUGGCCUCCACCUACACUUGUGCCUCCAGCUACUACACUUGUGCCUCAACAGUUACCUACACUUGUGCCCUCAACAGUUACCUACACUUGUGCCCUCAACAGUUACCUACACCUUGCCUCAACAGUUACCUACACUUGUGCCCUCAACAGUUACCUACACUUGUGCCCUCAACAGUUACCUACACUUGUGCCCUCAACAAUUACCUACACUUGUGCCUCAACAGUUACCCUACACUUGUGCCCUCAACAGUCACCUACACUUGUGCCUCAACAGUUACCUACACUUGUGCCUCAACAGUUACCUACACUUGUGCCCUCAACAGAUUACCUACACUUGUGCCCUCAACAGUUACCUACACUUGUGCCCUCAACAGUUACCUACACUUGUGCCCUCAACAGUUACCUACACUUGUGCCCUCAACAGUUACCUACACUUGUGCCCUCCAGCUUCCUACACUUGUGCCCUCAACAAUUACCUACACUUGUGCCCUCAACAGUUACCUACUUGUGCCCUCAACAGCUACCUACACUUGUGCCCUCAACAGUUACCUACACUUGUGCCCUCAACAGUUACCUACACUUGUGCCCCUCACAACAGUUACCUACACUUGUGCCUCAACAGUUACCUACACUUGUGCCCUCAACAGUUACCUACACUUGUGCCCUCAACAGUUACCUACACUUGUGCCCUCAACAGUUACCUACACUUGUGCCCUCAACAGUUACCCUACACUUGUGCCUCAACAGUUACCUACACUUGUGCCUCAACAGUUACCUACACUUGUGCCUCAACAGUUACCUACACUUGUGCCCUCAACAGUUACCUACACUUGUGCCCUCAACAGUUACCUACACUUGUGCCCUCAACAGUUACCUACACUUGUGCCCUCAACAGUUACCUACACUUGUGCCCUCAACAGUUACCUACACUUGUGCCUCAACAGUUACCUACACUUGUGCCCUCAACAGCUACCUACACUUGUGCCCUCAACAGUUACCUACACUUGUGCCCUCAACAGUUACCUACACUUGUGCCCUCAACAGUUACCUACACUUGUGCCCUCAACAGUUACCUACACUUGUGCCCUCAACAGUUACCUACACUUGUGCCUCAAGCUACCUACACUUGUGCCCCCUCAACAGUUACCUACACUUGUGCCUCAACAGUUACCUACACUUGUGCCUCAACACCAGCCAACAGUUACCUACACUUGUGCCCUCAACAGUUACCUACACUUGUGCCCUCAACAGUUACCUACACUUGUGCCCUCAACAGUUACCUACACUUGUGCCUCAACAGCUACUACACUUGUGCCCUCAACAGUUACCUACACUUGUGCCCUCAACAGUUACCUACACUUGUGCCCAACCACACUUGCCAAGUGCCUCAACAGUUACCUACACUUGUGCCCUCACAGUCCUACACUUGUGCCCUCAACAGUUACCUACACUUGUGCCCUCAACAGUUACCUACACUUGUGCCCUCAACAGUUACCUACACUUGUGCCCUCAACAGUUACCUGGCAGUCUACACUCUUGAAGGAAGGGAGGGAGGAAAGAUGGCAGGGAGCACAGCAGUUGGUACCACGUAGUAAGAACAGCCGUGUGCUCCGCCACGCCAUGGUCAUGCAUCACUCGUGGCUGUUGGCUAAUGCAGUAACAGCAGUGAUUUGUGUGGCUGUUAAUUAUAGCAGCAACUACACAUGUGCUGCACAGGCUGGAUGUUAUGUGCUGUUACAAGCCAGCUGGGUGGAUGCUGCUUUGCUGUUCUCUGCUGCUCCCUGUAUUCUGGGUUACAGUCACUUCACCCUCAUGUAUUCUGGUGAUUGUUUAAACUGUCAUUCUGGGUACAGCUCAUCCUAA